GUGGACGUUUUAAGUGAACUAUCAAAGGCUUAAUGGACAUUGGCUGGGAAUAGAGCGUACAAGCCAAUGAAUCAAAGACAGGACUUGCUGCGUCAAUAGAAUUUGGACUCGCUACUGACCGUUCUGAGGUUGUCAUGUUGGGUAUUCGUCGCCUGGAGAUAGCCGUCGUGGGCAUCUUUUCGUUCUACAUUGGUCUGACCAUGUAUUUCCACUCCCGCCUGUAUCGACAAGCGAACCAUUCGUCGCCUGGAUUUUUUUUUGUACAACAGGCUUCUCCGCAUAACAAGGGCCAGUUUAAAAAGGACAAACGACGGCAGCGACGGCGGAAGAAACGAAGUUGGGACCCUGGUCUGGACGGGCUGGGCGGUCUGCCAGUGCCACUGAACAUUAAUCUUCCCAUAUUCUCCCCCAGUCUUCCAAAGAGCGGAACAACAUCGCUGUGGCAGUAUUUUAAUUGCGGUGGCCACGCUUCGUCGCACCAGUGGGUUAAGUCGAAUGAAACAUACAGCAUGCAGUCCGGACAAUGCAUUCGGCAGAAUGUUUUAAAAGGUCGACCGCCUUUCGAGGGAUGCGGUGGGUAUGAGGUCUACACAGACACUGGCUACGCCAACUUUCUUCCCCCAAGUCCUGGCCAGCUCUUCACUCCUGUCUCCUGCUACUACCCGUCGGUGGAUGCUUUGGAAGAGAUAUAUCAGCACUAUCCUAACUCAACCGUGGUUAUGGUUGUGCGCGAUACCAAUAGUUGGUACAAAAGUAUGACGGAGUGGGGUGAGGGCUCACUGCUCAAGCGGUGGAAGUUGUGCAACGCAACAGGCUUUCCAUCGAUGAACGCCGAGCCCAAAGAUUUCUUAAAAUUUUACGAAUGGCACACUGCGAACAUUCGCCGAUUCGCCAAGGCUCAUCCAACUAUGAAGUAUGUAGAAGUCCGAUUAGAGUCCAACGAGACGGGUGGUAUUCUAGAGCGGGAGAUUGGAAUUCCACGAAAAUGCUGGGCCAAGUGCACUCCAGCUUCUAAAUUUUGUCAGCCUACCAAACAAUCAUAAUAAGACGGAACAAAUGCCUGGGCAUGCAUCUUGCGUGCUCUUAAAUUAAACCAGUGACGUAAAAAUGGAAGACGAGUGUAAGUUCUAUUUAUCUCCAAAAUCUAGCUACAACAAUUGAUUGCU